GUGCUUAAUCAGAGGGGGGUAUUAAAGUAGAACAGUAAUGCUCUCAGAUUUCAAUCUGCCGUCUGCUGUAUAGCCCACGGAAGGCAACGACAUGGGAAGCACCGGGAGGAUGCUCAACCUUUGGAACAGGAGGCAGAGCCUCUUCCCUAACUACAAAGUCACCGGGCCUAGUGCUGAACUUAGAAGACCCUCAGAAGACAACACCCUUCCAUUCACCAAGGACAGCUGUAUAAAAGAGUGGAAUUCCAUGCAGGAACUGAGCAAGGACAUUUAUGACAUCUACUCUGAGUAUGAGGAUGAGGAAGAUGAGAAGCCUUUGGCUCUUCUUUCAAGGCUGGCUUCACCCACCAAGAAUUACAAUCUCAACAUCAAUGUUGGGGGGAAGUCCUAUCAGAUAGCUUACCGGUUGGCGGCCAGGUACCCCAAAACUAGGAUAGGGCGGCUUGCCACCUAUACAGACCACAACAAGAAACUGGACCUGUGUGAUGAUUACCAAGUCAAGAAAAAUGAGUACUUCUUCGACAGGGACCCAGAGAUUUUCAACAACAUCUUCACCUUCUACAGAACUGGGGUGCUGUGGAUAAAAGAUGAGCUGUGUCCCAGAAACUUUCUGGAGGAGAUCAACUACUGGGGUGUGAGGAUCAAGAACACCCACCGCUGCUGCCGGAUUUCCUUUGAGGAGCGACAGGACGAAAUAAACGAGCAGCUGAACAUCCAGAGAGAGCUGGAGGCCGAGGUGGAGAUCGAGGAGAAUGAGGAGCUGUUUCAGGACAUGUUCAUGGGCCAUAACCGCAGAGUGAUCUGGAACCUAAUGGAAAAACCUUUCUCAUCUGUCCCUGCCAAGCUCAUGGCCUUGGUCUCCAGCCUGUUUGUCCUGGUAUCCCUGGUGGCAAUGACACUCAACACAGUAGAGGAUAUGCAGUACAAGACUCCCUCUGGCCAAUUGAGCGGGAAGACCUACUGUGAAUUUGUGGAGUCUCUGUGCAUUGCUUUUUUCACCAUGGAGUAUCUGCUCAGGCUGGUGUCCACACCUGACAUCCAGACUUUCGCCAGGAGCAUGCUCAACACGGUGGACCUGAUCGCUAUUCUACCUCAGUACCUGCAGCUGGCUUUGGAGUGCUUUGAAAACAAUGACUACGUGAAGCACGAACAUGACAUGAGGACAGUUGGGCAGGUGGGGAAGCUGGGCCAGGUGUUGCGGAUUAUGCGGCUGAUGCGUAUAUUUCGUAUCUUGAAGCUGGCGCGCCACUCCACCGGACUGAGGGCGUUUGGCUUCACACUCCGCCAGUGCUACCAGCAGGUGGGCUGCCUCUUCCUCUUCAUUGCCAUGGGAAUCUUCGCCUUCUCUGCCAUGGUCUACACUGUGGAGCAUGACGUGCCCCAAACCAACUUCACAAGCAUCCCCCAUGCAUGGUGGUGGGCUGCUGUCAGCAUCUCCACCGUGGGCUAUGGAGACAUGUAUCCAGAGACCAUCCUGGGGCGUCUCUUUGCUUUCUUCUGUAUUUCCUUUGGAAUCAUACUGAACGGACUGCCCAUCUCCAUCCUCUUCAACAAGUUCUCAGACUACUACGCCAAACUGAAAUCCCACGAGUACACCGCAAACAUGAAGAACCGGGGGAAAAUUAGGUUUGCCAAAAGGACAGCAAUGAAGAUCUCACUUUGUUGUGGAGUUGGACACACUACAUGAUGCUACAGUUAACUGUUUAGGACUUUGUAAGACACAAUAUCUGCCUGAUCUUUCUUACAUUGGCAACAUAUAUAGUAUCGGGUUGAAUAAAGUAAUGUUAACUUUGAAAUUGCUGAAAACCCAUGCACCCUUUUGUCUUACCCAUCAGAUAUGCUUCUCCAUGGGUGGAAAUGGGAGGGAGUCUGGGGGAAGGGGAUUCUGGACGUGAAAACAUUUUGCGAUGUAAAAUUUUGCAUUUCACAUUGAAUUCAUAGAUUUUACAUUGGAGGGCUCCAGGAGUGAUUUUCUUUCUCCAUUUCUACCCCUGCACUUCACACAUAUUACCAAAUGAGAGUGCUUCUCCCCCAAAAGGUAGGCCUGUUAACAAUACCAUAUAGACAGUGCAUUAUCAUAAAGAGCUCCACAGCUAUGGAGCAACUUGCCCCGUCAGGUCAAGUUGAUUCUAUUUGCUCCUUUUUUAUAUAUAUUUUUAUGCAUUUAAUGAUUGAAACACUUUCUACUUUGCUUAAUGUCCUUUAUGUCACAUGCUGCUUCUCAGUUUUAAUUUGUAUUUUUUGAACACUUGAAUAACAUGGAGCUUUAAUGAGAUUUGAUUUUGCAAUCAUAUCUUGUACGCUCAAUAAAGAGAAAUAAUGCUACAUGAUUUUUGUAUGUGCCGUUAUAUUACUGCUGCAGAGGCAAACAUGGUCACUCACUAAUAAAGCAAUGAUGUGUACA